AUGCUCAUCUUGGUGCACCACACCUUACGCUACCCCCUUGCGGUCGGUAGCUUGGGCCUCGGCGACUAUACAACCCCCAAGACAAUUGCAGUCAACCCCUGGGCGGCAUGUUUGCUCGUGCCAGGCAAACGGGGGGGGGGCCACGUGGCACAACUCGAGGCAUGGGCAAAAUGUGUGGGUCGCUACGAGGACAGACGCAACCUCGGCCGCGACCCCCGCGGUGGCAGCGGUCUUGGUUCGUUUGCCGGCGUCCAGACUUACCCAUCGCCCCCACGCACUGUGAGCAUGUUCCCGUCCUUGGUCUCAGACUUCAUCAGGUCCCUACGCCACACACAGUCGUGCCCGGACGUGGAUGUACACGCCAAGGAGAUUCAUCUUCGCCGCCACUCGGCCGACGAGGCGUCGCCAAAAAGGAACGACGGCGUGGCUUCGUGGGACUACAAACGCCACAAGUGUAGCAAUUGCAAGCAUAUUUAUCUCAAGAGCUUGAGUCCAGCCGUCGGGUUUUGCUCCAUGGAUUGCAAGGCGAACGCGAUGUACCUCCACGCGAUGAGCGAAAAGAUCAAGGCCGCCAAGGACUGUGUCCAAGCCGAGCAAGUCGUUGAGCCUUCGAUGGCGCAUCAAGCACCGGAAUCGAAACACGAGCGUCCAGACAGCGCCAACCCCGCGGACGAUCGCGAUGAAUCCGACAUGGACUUCGACAUGGCCAUGGGCACGUAUUGCCCACCAGCUACGUUUGCCGAGUUCCACACCCGCAAGCUCACGUGCCGCCCAGUCGAAUGGUCGUUUAGCGCCAUGUACUAGACGGUUGUGGUAGUGUUAGCCGCGUUAUUUAUUGCCAGUGUACAAUAGAAAUACAAGUUUGGCAUCGC